AGAUUACUUCUAGCCAAUCCCUGAGCAGGAGGCGGGACUUGAACGAAUAUGGGUGGGGAAAGAUAACGCCUUCUGUUUCGGACUGUCUCGUUAUUUGGCUGUAAGUUGAAUUGUUGUGGGACAAAUAAAAACAUUGUGUGUUGUGGAAAACAGGAAUUGGAAGGAAGGAAAGGAAGCAAGGUGGAUUAUAUUGUGUCACGUAUCUUCGCAGCCUGGAAAUAAUGAUUUAAAGGUUGCUUGCUCCUGUGGGAGAUGCGUGGAGGUGGAGAUGCUUCUGAAGCCAUGGCCUAAAUGAGGAACCAUGCCCAUGAAACUGGACCUGUUUCAGAUAUUUCCACUGGUGCACUGGUAAAGUUUGGCUUUGCAGUAACAUCACUAUUCUAAAUUAUGUAACACUCAUGAUCCACCCCUGAUCAAGCCAUGACCGCCUGAUCUUUUUAAGUUUUCCACAGUAUUUAUUCCUUAACACCAUUAAACCCCCCCACCGAUCACAAUGUUACUGGCCGAGCAGUCGCAGAAAUGGUUCCCCACGCACGUCCAAGUGACCGUCCUUCAAGCCGCAGACCUCCAGGCGAAGGGCAAGAACGGCACCAACGAUGCCUACACGAUCAUCCAGCUCGGGAAGGAGAAAUACUCCACGUCAGUGGCAGAGAAGACGCUGAGUCCCAUGUGGAGAGAGGAGGCUUCGUUUGAGCUGCCAGGGCUGCUGGUGGAGGGCAACCCUGAGGUCUACGAGCUGUGUCUCAUAGUGAUGCACAGGUCUCUGGUCGGGAUGGACAAAUUUCUGGGCCAGAAAACCAUCAACCUGAAUGAGGUGUUUGACAACAAGGAACGAAAGAAGAUCAACUGGUACACCCUGGAUUCCCGUCCAGGCAAAAAGAAAAAAGAGCGAGGGAAGAUCCAGGUGAGCAUCCAGUUCAUGAGGAACAACAUGACGGCCAGCAUGUUCGACCUGUCCAUGCGCGACAAGCCGCGCUCACCGUUCUCCAAGCUCAAGGACAAGGUGAAGGGUCGUAAGCACGACUCGGACGCCUCUUCGGCCAUCUUGCCUCGUUCGGCGCAGUGCGAUGCUGAAUCCCAGCUUCCUCAACAUGUCUCAGAUCAGAAACCUCAGCGCACGGCUGCUGCGCUGGAGCCCAAACCCAAGCGCUCGCUCCUCACUGGGACUCAGAAACUCUCAGCUGCACACUCCAUGUCCGAUCUAGUAGGAACGCACUUCAGGCCCAAGACGGACUCCGUAAACUCUUUGGAGGAGAGCGGUGGCGUUCCUCCUCACCGCCGCUCUCAGAGUGAGAUGCCUGAUUACCAGGACGGCGAGAUGGCGGGUGACCCGUUUCUGGAAAUUCCACAGAAAUUCGCCACGCUCCCGCGCAACCGCAACCCCUUCGAGUCAGACCAGGGGCAGCUGUGGGACAAAAAGGAGAAGAAGGAGAAGGUCAGCUUGCUGGAGCGCGUGACGGGAAAGAAGGAAGGGAAGAAGACGAGCAACGGAGGAAAAGCGGGAAGUUCAGGGGACCUUCGCUCCCCAAAUCCUUUCACCACUGAAAGUGAUACUAACCCCUUCCUGCCACAUCACACACCCAGUGAUCACGCAAAAAAACCCAUCAGCAAUGAAGACUUGAGUAAGAAAAACGUUUCUCCGGAGAAAAAACAAGGAAAGAAGACCACAAGAGAGUCUGAGGCCGAUCAGCUCCAGAGCAGCAUGGCGGCGUACAGCAGCCUCUCGUUCCAGGAGGUUGUGCAGGAGUUGAUCAAGCAGAAGGAGGUUGUGAAGAAGAAGGACGCGCACAUCCGCGAGCUGGAGGACUACAUCGACAACCUGCUGGUCCGAGUCAUGGAGGAGACGCCGAGCAUCCUGAGGACGCCGUACGAGCCGAAGAGGAAAGCGGGCAAGAUCUCCAAGAAGUAGACGUUGAGCAUAGCGUUGUAUCAUUAUAAACGGUACAAGUAGUGUUACAAAAAAGUUACAAGAAGCAAUUCUGAUUAACGGUGAUCUCGUAAUCACAUACUUCUCUUAGUUUACAUGUUAAUCAGAAUUCAGUGACUCAGAUUGUAUGACAUUUUAAAAAUUGGUGACCAAUUGAAGGACUUUCGUGCCAAUGCCAAACACUGGCUAAGCUUUUUAUUAUGUGGUCUCUUGUUUAUACACUGAUAUUUGUAAAUACAUUGUUGUGUCAUUUGUGUGGCGGUGUGGGAGAACCCAUCGGAUGUCACUGUAGCCAUAAAAUAAGAGGAAACAAAUCUGGUUUUGGUCAAAAUCUGUCUAUAAAAAAUACUUUAGCAUGGAAAUGUUUUAUUUACUUUUAAAGCGUGCCUAGGAUUUCUGCAACAAUCAUCUUUAACAAACAACGUUACAAACAGUCUGCAUAAAGACGUCACUAGCUAAAACCUCGCUAGCUAAGUGUGAUGUCCUCACACAGUGAAUGUCAAGCUUUGAUCGAGUUGUUGGAUAGCUACAUGUCAUAACGAAAUGGACAGAAUCUUAAACAAUUCAGUUGAUUAGCGGCUGUCAAGAUGUCCCUGAUGCUCCUGUGCUACAGUCGGAUUCAAAUCUUUACAUAUAAUUUUACAGUACAGAGAGACAGAGAGAGAGUCAGAUAGUAGAAAAUGUCAAAAUUUCACAUGUGAAGGGUUUGACCAGGCUGCUACACAAAUAUUUACAAUUUCUUUAAUUUUUUUUUUUAGCUAGCUUUAGAUAUAAGAAGUGUGUUUAAGAAGACCAACAUUGCGAUCACACCGAAACUGACUGUGAGAGGCUGAUUUUACACAAUAUGAACAAACAUUUAAUAUACUUUUUUCUUUCAUAAUGCACUUCACUUCAUAAAGCCUUUUGGUUAAUGAAUCCUAUUCAUACUCAACAGUACUGUUCCCAUGUCAGUCUCAUCUUUCACCUUUGUGGGUGUGUGAGCGAGCAUAACGUUGUGUUUGGAGGUGAUCAGUUGUUACAGGGUUGCGAGUACGAGUGAUGUCUGUUGUGUUUACUAGAAAGAGCGUGUAGUUUACUGUGACACCCAGCCAGCAGGGUUACUACACUGUUUACUAUGGAAUGGAUCUGAAACUCGUCUACCGUCGCUCCAUCCGUUCCUCGGUACGAGUGGUACAUCACUGCUGACAAUGCUUCAGUUACAGAUACAGAGGUGCCAACAUUUACGAUUUAGCCGUAGAAUUUACGAUUUUUGAUCCUUGUUACAAAAAUACGAGAGACGCCUGAAAACUAUUUCAGGUAAAGCAGCAGUUAAAUGUGAAUAAAAUUCACCUGGCGGGAAAGCCGAUACACUGAAGGGGAAAGGACGCAGGAAGUGAAAGUCGCCAUUACUUUCGCUUCACGCCAAAGUUAUCUAGUGAAAUCUGAUCUGCGAAUCUUGUGAGCCAGUAGAAAACAAGUGAGCAUGACUGUGGUCUCUGGUGGGAAAAACAAUAGAGAAGCUACUCAUUAUUAAGUAGCCGAACUUUUGCUUCACGUCUGAAAAACAAACAAAUAAUUAGAUGGAAAUUUGCAGUCUUGUCAACCAACAUGCCCUAGAGAAAUUAUUUCUCUCUCUGCCUCCUAGGAUUUUCUUGUUAGAAAUGUCGGCACCUCUGCAGAAAUGUUAUCACUACUGUCAGUUAUUCAUAUUACUGAUGAUUCUUUGAGCAAGUACUAAAAUCGUAAUUUUUUUUCUCGGUACUUGUUAUGAAACAAUACACUGGACUGAUGCACAGUUACACUACUGAGUAUUUAGCCUAACGCUGAAUGAAAUAAGGCUCAUGCUACUAGGAUUCUUUAAAAUUCUGUACAUUUUAACUGUACAAGUUUAAAUUUAAAAUAUACAAAAUUCAUAUUAAAAUUUCUCUCUUUUUUUAGUUUUCAUUUGAGUGUUGAUUGGCGGAAAUGUCAACAACUGAAACUGCUUGUUUACUUUUUUGAAGGUUCGCAGGGUAGGUUGGUUGAAUGUUGAAUUAAAUUUGAGAUUGAACUUUGAAAUGUGUUCUGCUGCCAAAAUUUGCAUUUGAUUUUUUUUUUUUUUGGGGUUUCAUUUUUUCUUUUU